CUGAGUUAGAGACAGACAACUUAAAAGCAAAGAAAAUGAGUCCUCAAGACUCCGGCCAUGAAGGAGUGAGCUCCGAGCUAGAACAGAUACUAACAGACACCAAUUCGAGCCCUAUUAAGCGCUUCAGAUCAGCUACAUGGGUUGAACUGAAAUUGCUCUUCUAUCUUGCAGCUCCAGCAGUAAUAGUCUAUUUGCUUAAUAGCGUAGUGUCCAUGUCCACUCAGAUCUUCUGUGGCCAUCUCGGUACUCUUCAACUCGCCGCCGUUUCUCUUGGCAACACCGGUAUCCAAGUUUUCGCCUAUGGCCUCAUGCUUGGAAUGGGAAGUGCAGUCGAAACACUAUGUGGACAGGCAUAUGGAGCGCAUAAAUAUGAAAUGCUUGGAGUAUAUUUGCAAAAAUCAACUGUUCUGUUAAUGGCAACUGGAAUCCCUUUAACGUUGAUCUAUGUGUUUUGCAAGCCAAUUUUGAUUUUAUUCGGUGAACCAAGUGACAUAGCAACAGCAGCAGAACUUUUUGUGUUUGGACUAAUCCCUCAAAUUUUUGCAUAUGCUGCCAAUUUUCCAAUACAAAAAUUCAUGCAAGCACAAAGCAUAAUAGCCCCAAGUGCAUAUAUAUCACUCGCUGGACUUAUAUUGCACUUGUUAUUGACAUGGGUUGCAUUAUACAAGCUUAACUGGGGCUUGCUUGGUGCAGCCUUGAUUUUGAGUUUCUCGUGGUGGUUUAUGGUUUUGGCUCAGUUUGUUUAUAUUGUAACAAGUAAAAGGUGUAAGCACACAUGGAAAGGUUUUAGCUGGCAAGCCUUUACUGGUCUCUGGAGCUUCUUCAAGUUGUCUCUUGCUUCUGCAGUAAUGUUGUGCUUAGAGACUUGGUACUUUGAGGUCUUAGUUCUCAUUGCUGGGCUGCUUAAGAACGCUGAGGUCGCUUUGGAUGCUCUCUCUAUUUGCCUGACCAUAUCUGUAUGGGUAUUCAUGAUUUCUGUUGGGUUCAACGCAGCUGCGAGUGUGAGAGUGAGCAAUGAAUUAGGAGCUGGGCAUCCAAAAUCAGCAGCAUUUUCAGUUAUUGUACUGACUUCAUCUUCUUUUAUAAUUGCCGCGAUCGCGGCCAUUAUUGUUUUGGUGUUCCGUGAUGUUAUUAGCUAUGGUUUCACUGAAGGUGAAGUUGUUGCUAAAGCAGUCUCUGAACUCACUCCCUACUUGGCUAUUACUCUCAUUCUCAACGGUGUUCAACCUGUUUUGUCUGGUGUGGCUGUUGGAUGCGGAUGGCAAGCUUUUGUGGCUUAUGUUAAUGUAGGAUGUUAUUACUUUAUUGGAGUUCCAUUGGGAGCCAUUCUUGGCUUUGUGUUUGACCUUGGUGCCAAGGGAAUAUGGUCAGGAAUGAUAGGAGGUACUUUCUUGCAGACAAUAAUUCUGCUGUGGGUCACCUACAGAACUGAUUGGGAUAAAGAGGUGGAAAUUGCCAAAAAUAGACUCAACGCAUGGGAGGAGAAGGAGGAGCCACUUUUGGACAAAUAGUGUUUGAUUUGUAUGUGUAAUGGAGUUCGUUUUUGUGCAUUUUUAAUUUUUUUGAAUGGUCGGCAUAAGCAACUCUUUGUAAUUAAUUUAGUGUAUAAAUGAGUCGAUACAGGAUAUAAAUAAGUCUUUUCUUGAAUGAACUUUUGGAUAAAUUUUAAGGUAAAAAGUAAUUAUACGUUGUGGGUGAAAAAAAAAAAAAAUCU